GUGUGUUUGUGUGUGUGUGAGAGUGUGUGAGUGAGUGAGUGAGUGUGUGUGUGUGAGUGAGUGUGUAUGUACGGGCGCGCGCACGAGCGCGCGCGCAAGUGGGGAAGGGGACUCAACUCCAGACCGGCGGGCCCCGCUCACAGGUCCCGGGGUCCCGGUGGCGGUCGGAGCGGUUGGUCCGCAGGCCGCGGGCGGGUGGUGAGCCGCUCCCGCCCCAAGCCAGCGCGUGCGCGCCGGCCCCUCCCUCCCCACGACCUCCUCGGCUCCCGCGCGGCGGCGGCGGUUCCUCUCCCCUCCCCCAGCCCUGGUUCCGGGGGACCCCGCGAUGCCGGUCCGCACUGAGUGUCCCCCGCCGGCCGGUGCCUCGGUCGCCUCCGCGGCCUCGCUCAUCCCUCCGCCGCCCAUCAACACGCAGCAGCCCGGCGUGGCCACCAGCCUGCUCUACAGCGGCUCCAAGUUCCGCGGCCACCAGAAGAGCAAGGGGAACUCGUACGACGUAGAGGUGGUGCUGCAACAUGUGGACACGGGGAACUCUUACCUUUGUGGGUACCUGAAGAUUAAAGGCCUUACUGAGGAGUACCCAACCCUUACGACCUUCUUUGAAGGAGAAAUAAUCAGCCAAAAACACCCUUUCUUAACUCGAAAGUGGGAUGCGGAUGAAGAUGUUGAUCGGAAACAUUGGGGCAAGUUCCUGGCUUUUUAUCAGUAUGCAAAAUCCUUUAAUUCAGAUGACUUUGAUUAUGAAGAGCUGAAGAAUGGGGAUUAUGUCUUCAUGCGGUGGAAGGAACAGUUCCUGGUCCCAGACCACACAAUCAAAGACAUCAGCGGUGCUUCCUUUGCCGGGUUCUACUACAUCUGCUUCCAGAAGUCGGCAGCCUCCAUAGAGGGCUACUAUUACCAUAGGAGCUCAGAAUGGUAUCAGUCGCUCAACCUAACGCACGUUCCUGAACACAGCGCACCCAUCUAUGAAUUCCGGUGACAGUGGUUCAGAACAGCAACCAAAUAAAACUGAACUUGGCAAAAAAGAACUUUGCCAAGAAAAUUGUGUGCUUGCCGGAACCAGGAGAACAUGUGCCCGUUUCUUCAUGGGCGACACGUCAGACAGCAUGGAUGUCAGCCCACGGGGCAGGCCGGCCGCAGGCAGGGGGUUGGCUCCAUUCUCCUCCCUCUCUGUGGCAGUUUGCUCUUAACCUGUUCUUAAGCUACCUUAUAUGCACUUUCCUUCCUGCACAGCUAACUUCUGUGUCACUGAAAUGCCCAUCUUCUCUCCAUCCCUGCCUCCAGCCGAGUAGAAGGUCAGCCCGUCACCCUCAGCCUUGGUGCUCAGUGGUCCUCACCAAGACCCCGCCCCCAGUUGCUUAAGUCUGGGUGCUCAAGAAAAGGCAGAGCCCAGCACGGGUGCUGCCUGAGCUCCGAGCAGGGAGGGGGCGAGCUGCAGCAGCGUCCGCCAGAGAAACGCGCCCGAGUCCCCUGGCGCUGCCCAGCCGCGUGAGGUCUACACCAAGCUGGUCGUGGCUGGCAGGCACCCGGGCCGCCGUCAGGGGUCACUCAGUGUGAGGCGUCCAGGUCCGCGGCAGGAACAGAUGCCAGUCCUGCUUACUCAGCACAUGUGCUCCAAACUUUUGAACUUGAGGGCAAUACUAAACUUUUUUAAAAAGUUUUUUUUAUUGCAAAAUUAUUUUUAUGAUCCCUUUAACAAGGACCUUAUGGUAAAGGCACAAUUAUUCAGAAUUACAUUUUAUUGUUUUCACAUUGAAAACAGCAAAUGUUGACUUAGUAAUUUUUAUACCUAUAUCUAUAUGUAAAUGUAUAUUUAAUCAACCAGCAGUUUGAAACUGGUUGUCCUGGUACAGAAGUUUUGCAGCAUUGCAUAAAGUAUAAUGCUAAACGUGAGGACUGCUUGGGGGCCGGUUUGGCAUUUGUAGCUCCUCCUCUUGCGACUCGGAACAGCAGUGCUUCAUGGUGAUCUCUCUCAUCCACAGAAGGGCCUCAUUCUCCUAACAGAGCGACUGAAAUGUUGGGACGGGGAGGGGCAGGGACAUGAAAUGCUCAAGUAACUCAAGGCUCACGUGCCAAAGUAAGUGUGUGUGUGUGUGUGUGUGUGUGUGGUGUGUGUGUUUUGUUUUGUUUUUGUUUCAUGUUUUAAAAGCUCAAUAGGUUAGCAUCAGUUGCAGCCGUAGCUGUGGGCAGGGCUUUGGGGGGGUUGGCACCUCCCGGUGGUUUACAAGACUCAGAGUGCAAGAGCGCAGGCUCCCACUGUGCACCGUGGGAGGAGCAGAGCACGCUGCCAGGCGCGCGUCCCGGGCCGUGAGGACUCGGGGCCCACGUGAAUUCUGGGAGUCUUACACAAGAGCAACUUGCCCUUUAAUGACAUAUGGACUACUAGUUACUGAGAGUGCAUGUCAGGGGAAGCCUUCGGGGAGAAGUGUGUGGGCAGCAGCAGCCUGGGGCGCCUGGGAUGUACCGUCCUAGGCUUUGUGCAGAGGCGUGACCAACCCAUCUAGUCAGGCUAGGGCUAUGGAGCCCUAAAAAGCUGCCUCAGUGACUUCAGUGGAGAAUUGAAUUGUGUCCAUUCUCAGAGAUGAGUUAGAAAUGUUUUCUUGAUUUUAAAACUCUGGCAACAAAUAUGUGGGUCUGGGUCAAACCCAGCUGAUGGACAGUGAUGCGGCCUCAGUUUAGCUCGCCAGCGUCCCUGAGUGUGAAGGAGGGACAGGCGCCUUCCCUGUCACCUCCGCUCUCCCCGCAGCAUGCUCCGAAGCAUCACCUGCAUUUUGCAAGCUCCUUGAAGGAUACAGGCCUCACGCAGGGCACUGGGAGGUGAGGCCACCUGCAGCUGUCAGGGCCUCCGCGUGGCUCGGAGAGGUCCGUGGGUUGGUGGGUUGGUUGCACAGCCAGGGAAGGACAUUUGCAAACACCGAUGGUGCUCAGCUAGCCAGAUGGGUUCUAUGUAGGAUUUCUUUCUUCCUUUUUUAGCCACAUAAUGAAGUGCCCCUGUUGUAUUGGGGAAAAUGAAGAAGUGAUACCUUUCUUAGAUCUUUCGGACACAUCUGUGAUGAAGAUUUGUCCGCAUAAAACCUGCCCAUUGAGGACAAGGAAGGGAUUGUUUUCUGCCUCCUCUCAGUAACCCCUGUGCCAUCCACAUGGACUCCCUUUCUCUCGCUCAUUCCCGAAGGCACUUUGGGGCUCAUCUCCAUCUGCAGUUACUCUUUCUGGAGCCUUCUCAGUGGUUUCGUGCCUCUGGUAUGAUGUGCAAUAUUUUUGUUGACACUUGUAUUCGUCAUUCAGAAGUUAGUGUAGAUUGCAGAUUUCCCACAUCUUCCUCUGCCCCAAGCAAGCCUGCCGAGAGGCGUUCGUUGCACUGCUCAGAAAGCGUCCCUCCUGUGGUCCCGGCCUGUCGCUCUGUUGUGCUGGAGUUAUCCUCCCGCCCUUCCCAGCUCCUCGGCUGCAGCCAGAAGCACCUCGCACUGCCCGGCCGGAGCAGGUGUCCGUCGGGAGCAGCGCUGUUGCUAGUGUGGAAUUACAGACUCCAGGGGCUUUCAAUGUCAUCUGCUUCCAGAAACAGGGAAUUUCUAGUCUCUUUAAGGCCUUGAAUUGAUUUUUUCCUCAUAAAAUAGUCUGAUAAGCUAAUUUUUAAAAAGAAAUGCCAUUAAGUAUGUUGCAUUGUGGUUUAAAAUAACUAAUGAGUUCUGAAAAAGAAAAAUAAUAUUUCAUUUUGAGUUAUAUGUUUUUAAAAAUUAGAUGUGAAUGGGUGCAAAGUACGAAUAUUUUGUCUUUUUAGGGAGGAUGUGUGGAAAAGGUUUGAGGGUUUGGGAUGGGAGAAGUAUUUUGCAAAGCUAUCAAUGUCCAAAUAAUUUUUUUAAAAAAUAAUAAAGGUAUUUAAGCAGCGA